CAAUAAUUGAAGUUUGUCUUUUUAUGCAAUCAUUACACACUUUAUAUACCAUUACAAAAAGCAAAGCGAAACCAUGGGCUUGAACCAGCCAAAAGUACAUCAAAUUGCACAAGUGCAGAGCAUCAUCAUCAUCUUCAUAAGUGAGCUCUGUAAAGACCCAGUUUUUUUAAUAGUUUCGAGCUAAUAAUAAAGAGCUCCCGAUUCUUGAAGAGCCGAAGUUUCAGUCAUGCUGGGGAAAAGCUUAACUCCAGUGAUCGGGAAAAUAGCCCGUAGAUCCUGUAUACCAGUUUCCGGCAGUGGAGAACUAGUUGUCGACGGAUCAAUUAGCCCGAGAAGUCCUUUCGACUUAAAAUCCCCCAGAGGUCCAAAAAGUUACGAUCUUGGUGUGGUUGGGCUCGCCAUAGUAGCUGCCCUUGAGAAUUCUUGUCAAACUGAUGCUGAAUUCUUGACUUGCCGGCCUGUUUAUAAUCGGAGGAAUUCAAACCCGAUUCCGGCCAAUUCCUGCCGGAGUUCACCUAGACUUGCCGGUUAUUUUGAUGAAACGGAUACGGAAUGCUCAGAAGAUGAUGAAGAUGAAGAAUAUACUGUUGUAACUUGCCAUGGCCCCGGUAACAAAUCCUACACAAGGGUGUACUGUGACAGAGGCGUGAUCAGCGGCAGUGACAGGAGCCCCAGAUCCAAAUGGCCGAGCGUAUUCGCCGUUUCUCCGGCGAGAACUGGUGGUUUUCCGAGAAACCCAGAUUCCGGUUUUCUGAGUUCAUGCGAUAUGUGCCAGAAAAGCCUGCACGGCAUAGACAUAUACAUGUACAGGGGUGAGAAAGCAUUUUGCAGCUCGGAAUGUAGAAACAGACAGAUAUUGACCGACGAGUGCAAUGAGAAAUACAUUUCGGAGAUUUCAAGGUCUGUAGAUGUUUCGAGCUCAAAUGGCGGCCAGACGUUUUCAAGGAAUGGCAUUCUGGCAAUCUGAUCUGAGUAUAUAUCUAUCAAUCUAUCAAAUAAAGGCAGUAGCGAUUGAGUGUGUGUGUAAAUAUAUGAGAAGAAUUAACAAAUGGGGAUUUGAAUUCCCUCGACUCUUUUUUUUUGUUAAUUUUUAUGGGAUAUAACAAUAAUCUUGUAAAAACAGAUCUUUAUGCAAUGGCAAUGAAGUUUUGAACUCUCUGUGCUUGGUACAGUUCUUUCUGUGUUGGGAUGACCCGAAAAAUCAGCAGUUGAUUUCUUCAGAGUCCAGACCAGAAUAAUCUGCAGUUGCUUUCUUCAGUAGUUUGAUUUGAUUUGGGAUUGCCAUUAUGCUGGAAAAAAUCAAUAUUAUUAGAAUACUUUGGAAAUAUAUGGCAAGAUUGGAUAAUUCAAUAAGGUUUUCCUUAAUAAUACAAACGCAAUUGUCUAAAAUAUUGCAGAAAUGAAAUUUAUGUGUCAAAUCUAAACAGAAUCAUAGUUACUCAAAGUUAUUACCAUAAUCAUUUUGUAUAAAAAGUCACAUUUUUACUAUACCAUCUCUAUGUGUUCAUAUUCAAGAAUUUUAAUCGGAACCUAGUUAACGAAUUUUAGAUUAAGGUCAUAUAUAAAUGUCUUGAUUCUUGGUUAAGUUAUAUACUCAUUUUGACAUUUCUAAACA